GACUUCAGGGGAGCGGGACGGCGGCCAUCUUGGUGUCCUCUGACCGGGAAGUCGUCGGCGGCGGGAAGAGUCGACGGCGCAUUGUUGCCACCUGGCGGUUUGGCCUUCAAAGAACCGCUGCGCUGAAAACCAUUUCAAAGAUGGCCGCCGUGCGCAGACACAGUGAGGGAGACUUUUUUUCCCCGUACCGUCUGCUGCUGGUGCGCACGCACCAACAUUCGUGAGGUCAGGGCUGUGAUCGUCUAUACCAAGAUGGCUGCCAGGUGCCGUAGCUAAGCCGGUGCCGACCAUCUGGGCCGAGUUGCGACGAGAGAGUGUGUCGAUGUUAUUACGCCGAGUUGUGUAAGCAUCCGAUGGUCGGGGGCGGACGGUGGGAGGAAGCAAGAGAGUCCGCAGCUGCAGGAGGAACAACACAAGCUCUCCGCUCAUGUCUACGUUGUGAUUAUGGUGGAGCGGGCGGAGCUGUGACGUCACCAAAUGCGGAAAGCGCGCGUGUUGUGGCGGAAACACCAAAGCUUCAAAGAACACCAGAGGAGCCUCCUUCUUCUUCAAAAAAGACUGGUCUUGUCCAAGGACCGGGCGGGAGACUGCCGGGCUGACAGAAGAUGAAGACAUGAGUCAGUCUCUUGAAGCCAUCAAAAUGGACCGGGUGAGAAGUCUACAAGGGUCCAGGCUGAAGACCAGUUCUCCACCAGCCGGAGUAAACCAUCCACAGCUAGCAGAAUUCCAGGACAGCAAUUUGUCUCCGGGUCUCGUCUUGCUGCCAGCGAACCCUCCGGCAGAAGCCAAUGUCACCGAAUAUUCCUUCUUCCAAAAAAGCGACAUGGAAUUUCACCCGUUACGAGGGUGCCCUGACUUGUCCAUGGCAUCGGAGAGGACUGGCACUCCGCCAGCAGGUGGCGCCACACAUGAGUCCGACGAAGCGUCACUGUCUCAGCACCUGCUGGGCCAGGAGAACAUGGUCCCCGAGAGUGGAUCCAGCGGCUGCUGUUCGCCGUCCCAGCUUACUUCAACUUCAGAGGACGGCACGGCAGAGGAAAGGAAAGACAAAGUCAACGCCGCCAAGGGCAGGCGGUUGGCGACACCCGCGCCUUCCCCGCGCCCCGGCAUCGACGCCAGCGGCGUUAUAAGACAGCGUCCUCCGGGUAUGGCCGCGGAGGUCAAUAACGUCACCUCAGGAUCUCGCGGCACGCGGCCCGACGCCACCAGCGAGUUGCUGUGCAGAGAGCUGAUGUCCCAAAGCGACUCCAGAUCUACCUCGCAAGAACCUCAACUGGUCACAUCCUAUGGUCCUGAUUCAUCUGACAGCGGGACAAGUGUGACCAGAUCCGACCGGGAGUGUGGUGCCCUGUGGGGCUCAGGCAACCCGACGGGUUUGGAAGAGUCCUACAGGGGUUUCAUGCCGCAGUCUCAAUCAACACCAGGCGGUGUAAAGGUCCCGCCCAAAUCUAGCGUCAAGCCCAAAUCAAGGAGACUCUCGGCAAUCCGGUCCAAUGAUGGGAGUUCCAGUCAGGCCACGUCUCCACCGCCAACUGCCACUGACCACCAGGACCAGACCACCGCAUCCAGAGUCCGGUCCCUUCCGACUCUCAACUACAUGCAGAAAGUUGAUGCUUGGAGAGAAAGUCAGAGCUCCAGCAAGACGCCGCUGUUUGAUUCUACACCCAAGAAGAAAGCCUUCGACGCCGAGCCUGGCAGCCUGGACCACAUCCUGAGUGACCGGGCCAAAGGGCCUGCUGCUACUGAGAGCUUCUCUGCGGUACCAAACUAUGGGGUGUCGAUGGUUGGAAACAAGGCCACUGCUUCCUCCUCCCUCAGCGCCAUGGUCAUGACACGCCAGCAUCACGCCUCGCCGCUGGAUUCUCACCCACUUGUUCGAGCCCAGGGCAGCAAGAGCAGCCAGAUAAAGUUAGGAGCCUCAUUCGGAGCUGCUUGCUGGACUUCCAUGCCCAAACAUGCAGGGCUCAAAACCCAAGACCAAAUUCCGGCCAGCUUUUACAACCUCGGCAUUGAUCAGUCCGCCCCCGCAAUCCUGACCCCCUUUUCGCACAGAGGACCGACCGGGGAGCCCGAGUCCUCUCCUGCAGAUCUCAGCACCGUCAAGGAUUCGGUCCGACUAGAAGCCGGCAGCUCUCCCACAGGAGAGGCCUGCAAAGCCCUUCAACCGGCAGCUACACCGCGGCCCAGCCAGAAUCCACACUCGGACGCUUCAUCGCCGGCACGUUCACAGGAAGACCCUUCGACGUCUGAGAGCUCGCCGUUUUGCGUCACAACCCCCUUGAGCUCAGAAAAAAGUGUCGGUGUCGGGGUCACACCAAGGGGAAGCGUUUGUCAACCGAACGGGCGAGCAGAGCCAGAAGGCUGCAGCGCCGCUCCCCCCGACACCACCGCCUUUCCGCCACCGCAGCUGACAAUGGACCCUCAAGAGCCCGCCUCACUUUCCGAAGACCCGACAGAUACACCAGACGAAGGUGGUUCCGAGCUGACGGACUUCUCGGCACCCAUCCUGGAGGACCGUGACCCGGCUGUGAUGAGCGACGUGAGCAGUAAGAGCUCCCUGACUGCCAGAGUGGCCAAACUGCUGCAGGGCGAGUCAGCGUCAGACCAGAAGGACCCCGAGCACAGAAAAAAGUUCAUGCUGAAUCUGUCGGGAGGCCAGUUUGAGUCGCUGGACUUGGACAAAGAAGAUCGGGAGCGCAUUGAAGAGCUCAAGGCGGAGAUGUUGUCAAACCACUUUCUGACGAGCGAGAGCAGCACAGACACGGAGAGCACGGCGGCGUCCGGCGUCGCAGCCGGGCCGGCGCAGCACUUGUCGGACGUCAAGGGGGCGUGGACGCCUGUCCUCCCAGGACCCAAGCGCGCCGAGCUGGAGGCCCGCUUACAGGAGAUGGCCGCCGGAGGGGGCGUGUCCCUCCCCAGGACCAACGUCCAGUCCCACACGUCCAUCACCAUCUCCACCCGCAAGCGCGAGGCCUCCCCGCCGCCUGCGGCACCCUCAGGAAGUGAGGUGUCGGAGAGUGAAGACCCUCCCUGCUCCUCAAAGGCCCACGAUGGCGAAGAGGAGACCACGCGGGAGGAGUCCGAGUCCCGUCACGUCACAGAGGACACCACCAUCCCCUUCAGCCUCCAGACCUCCGCCCAACCUGGCUACAUCUCACAAGUCCACCUCACCAUCUCCCCUAAAACCAGCCAACCUGCCCCCCGCGCCUCUUCCAGCUCCUCCCACACCUCAGCGGAGUCCGCCCAUGACAACUUCGCCCCCCUGAGACGCUCCUCCCCAGCCGUGAGCAGCGCGGACGAAGGCGUGGGCCCCCCCGGUCCACCCGACACCUCCGCCCCUCCCAAAGACCCCUCAGAGCCGCUUCAGGAAGAGACGACAGCUGCUGGGCUUCAGCAGUCCUUGGCCGCGUCCCACAGCAACAUGGCCGCCAGGAGCUUCACGCCAGAGAUGCCAGUUCGAGAUGAUUGUGCGCCGCCCGUGCUGCAGCCUUACAAGCCUCGUGGCGCGGCGGAGCUCUUCCUCUUCCCUCAAGGCGAAACCAACAGCACCACCUCGUGCACCACCAUGGAGAGCUCGCACACCGGUUCUGAUGACGCCAUUCCCCCGCUCUUCAGCAGCGAGGUCCUGGGCCAUCAGGACCCGGGCCUGGACCGCGGCGUCACCAUCAAACAUGCGCAAGGGAUCUACAGCAAGAGGCCGCACACGUCCACCGUCAGGACACGAGAGGCGGCACACAGAGAUAAAACACCUCCUCAGGGGUCCCCGGCUCCCAAAGAAACCUCCAGAAUGGAGCCGAUCCAGGCGGGAGGAAAACGGGACGUGGACCUCCACCCUCAGAGCGACCAGUCUUGGCCUGUGACCACAGAGAGGGAGGCGUGGCUAAUGGAGCAGCUGCAGCGCCUGUCUGAUCUCAUUCUCAACACUAGAGGCGCUAGCGGGCAGCCUGCCAGGACCUACGACGGAGGACGAAAGGCAGCUGGUAAACUCCGUGGCGAGGACAAAGCGCCGGGGGGAAGAACUCCUCCUCCUCCUCGCCAGGCGUGGACACAUAGCCCAGAAGAGCUCGGUCACGCCCACUUCACCUCCACAUCGCGCUUUUGUCCAGCGGAUAGAGACGAGUCCACCACGUCUACAUCCAAGUCCAGGUCCACGUCCACAUCCACGUCCACCGUGGACACGGCCCGGCUCAUCAGAGUCUUCGGUCUCCACCGCGUCCAACCCGCCAAGAGCCAGUCGGGCCUCCAAAAACUGUACAGCAGCAUCAGCAGGCAGCGGGACGAGUGGGAGGGGCGGAGCUUCAGCCCUCCGACGGAAACCACCAGCGAGGAAUCCAACGUCACGGCCGAGUCCUCAUCCAGCGGCCCGCAGGUCAGGACCCCCAAGAACAACGCCAAGGUGGUCAGCAGAGGAGUCCAAGCAGGCGACUUGGAGAUUGUCUGCAAUGCCACCCGCCAUCACACCAGAGACGUGGGCACCAUGUUCCCCUCCCCCCGCCAUCCUCAGAGGAGUCAGCUGGCCUCGCACAAGCAGAAGAGGAGCCGGGCGCCGCAUAAACCUCGAGCCGUGUCCUGGUUCAUCCCUUUGGACCACCUAGAGUUCCAGUCCAGGAAGGAGAACCGUCCUGAGGAGCAGGAGGAGGAAGAGGAGCAAGAGGAGGAGGAAGAGGACGUCCCUGAACCCAGCUCACUUUGGUACGACACCUACAGGAGGAGUGUGGUGUGGAGACAACCUCUGCAGCCCACACAACACCACCUCACCACCACUCAAGUCACCUCCCUGCAGGAGGCUCUGGUGACGUAUCGACCUGACUUCAUCUGCCGCUCCAGACAGCGCCUGCACAUCCUGACUCAGGACAGGAAGAGCAUUGGGCGACCGGCAGGUGUGCUGAUGAGGGCUGUUCCUUGGAAGGAGAUGAUCCAACGCAGCAAAAGGAUGUAUGACAGUCUACCAGAGCAACAAAGGAAGCGUGCUGCAGAGAAGCAGAAAGCUCAGACACAAUCCAACCGCCUCAACGUGCAGAUCUACAACAAGAAAGUCACCAAGCGCCUCCUGGAGAACCGGCCAGCUGCACCUCAUAAAAAUUAUUGGUGAUUUAAAAUUUUGGCUUUUUUUUACAAGACUGUUUUUAAAGUGUUUUGAAUGUUUGAGUAGACUUUUUAUCCAAUUAAACCUCCUUGACAAUCUGACCUUUGACACACUUUUUAUUGAGCAGAUGCAGGAGGCCUGUGAAGGUGACAUCAUAGUCCACACAAAUAAUGCAGCAGACUGUAAAAGUAACAAAUCCACCUCAGUUUCCAGGUUGAUGUGCAACCAAAGAAGGUAACUUUGCAGAGCGACAAAGGUGUGCUUUUAUCUUUGGGACGUGCAAACAUAAGCUGUGAUCAUCAUCAUGCCACAUAGUACACUCCUUAUGGAACACACUCAGCAUGCACUUAGCUCCCAUGUUGCAACUUUGCAGGGAGGGAGGUGAGUUAUGGGUGGGUAUGUAGCACUGAUAAAGGAUGGGUAUGUACCACUGAUGAGGGAUGGGUAUGUUCCAAUCCAUACCGGUAAUGAAAGGUAGCAAUGUUCAAUACUUUUGUGUGUGUUACUAAAUGGUAAUGACAUUUUAAUUUGUAAUUAUGUGAUAAUGAUUGUGGAGGUAAGUAGUUGUUGCGCCCUAGAAGGUGUUUGUACACACCAGUUGUUAAGAUUGUAGCAUUCUUCGCCUUUGUAGUUUUCACUGCUGAAUUGCCAUGUAGAGUCACUAACAGUAGCCUGGCUAUGUAAAUUAGCAUCAAGCUAGCACGUUUUGAGAGAGUGGCACUUUGGUCAAAGUUUGGGCGUUAUUCAAUUGGUGUGUAAUGUUGUUGUGGUCCACAAAAUAAACAUGCUAGUUGAGUUUUA